GGGAUGCUGGGGGCGACGCCUUCUGCAACACAACACGACGCAUGCACCGACGUCAGUACAGUACAGUAUAUCCUAUCCUAUCCGCUUUUUCCUUCUUCGCCCGAGCGGUAGGUAUUCGAAAGUUUAAACUCACGACGGUUGAUGGCUUGUAACGUCGUGUCGUGCGCUUCCUUCUUUGGCACACUAUUCUCUAACACAUCACGUUACCUUGAUAUCCGCCUCAUUCACACCAUAUACCCCUCCCUGUCUUGCGUCGCCUUCGCUUCCUCGCGCUGCUGCAUAGAUUGCAUGUGGCCGCCUUGGUCCUCGGCACAUGGGGAUGGUUUCGGCUACCGUGGCGUGGAGGCGGCGUUCAGCGGCCCCUGGGAUGGGAUGGGGUGGAAUGGAAAGGGGGAUGGUUGGCAGCUGCGUCGAAGCCAGUAGAUUGGAGCGAAACGGUCAAGAUUCCAGACCUCCAUUUCUACAUCAUAGAUGCAUCAACGUUUGUUAUAUAGCCUUGGAAAGCUGAUUGAUAAGGGCGCCUAAUA